AUGAAGGUCGCGAUCCUCGGUGCGACUGGUGAGACGGGCGCUUCAAUUUUGAACGGCCUCCUCAACUCAACGGAGCCGCGAUAUGAGAUUACUGCGCUAGUCCGGCCAUCCUCACUAAAGAGACCUGAGGUACUUGCUCUCCAUGAGAAGGGCAUUAAGGUGGUGCCUGCGGAUCUAAGUGCCCCUGAGGAUGAACUCUCGAGACACCUCCAUGGUAUAGAUACCGUCAUUUCAGCCAUCAGUGCUACCGGCCUCCUUAUGCAAAUCCCGCUCAUCAAUGCAGCUCAAGCCGCUGGUGUCAAGCGCUUCUUGCCUUGCUGUUUCGCCACGGUGAUGCCCCCAGAAGGUAUUCUAAAGUUGAGGGAUACUAAAGAACAUGUGAUUAAUCACAUCAAGAAAGUCAAACUUCCUUAUACUAUUAUCGAUAUCGGCUACUGGUAUCAGCUGAUGUUGCCUCGCCUUCCCUCUGGCCGUAUCGACUAUGCCCUACCACUCACUUUAGGGUGCAUUGCAGGGGACGGAAAUACCCCCUGUGCCUUUACAGAUCUGCAGGAUAUUGGAAGAUGGGUCGCUCGCAUUAUCGCUGAUCCUCGGACCCUGAAUAAGAUGGUCUUCGCCUACAACGCGGUUCUCACAAUGAACCAAGUAUACGAUAUGUUGGAAGAGGCCAGUGGCGAAAAGAUUGACCGCAACUACGUCUUGGAGGCCACGAUCAAGGCCGGAGUGGUCAGAGCAGAGGCCGAUACGCCGCCUGCAGACUCGUUCAACUACUUCGAGGUAGUGAAGUACCAAUACUUCAACUCACUCGGACUUCGUGGGGAUAAUACCCCGGAAUACGCGCGUUACUUAGGAUAUGUAGAUGCGACGGAACUCUUUCCCGACAUGAAAGUGACAACCCCGGAAGCCUAUUGUCAGGAAAUUUUAAGUGGCAAGGCUACGACCAUCUAUCAGAGAUUGAUGUCGGCCGCUCAGUAAGGCGAGAGGUGGCGAGCAUACAUGACAUUCAACCUCCUGUCACGUUCCGGAAAGCCUCUACUCAGCUCAAGCUUAGCCUAAUUUCCUC